AUGGCACAGCACGGUCAUGACCCUUUGUUGCCAGGGUGUGGCGACACUCCGACCACUGAAGACUGUGACAAAUGGUUCACUGAAACGUGGGGCGGCCAGGCGUCACAACGGUCUUGGUCUCCCCAGGUGUCAGCACGCUGGAACAGUGCUGAUGAAGAACUAUCCGUCGGCACAGCGGCUGGCUUGACUACAGAGAAGUCGGUCAUCUCUCGCGCACAGCAUGAUGCGACGGAUGCCGAAUGUGCGCCGUCUGCACACACACCAAUGCGAUCCAGAGGUCUCGAGCAUCGGGAUCGUGAUCCUUUGCAGCAGGAGAGGGAUGCUCUUUUCCCGGUGUCAUCGACCUCAUCAAUCCUCGAUCCAAACACCUCAUUAGUAUUUCAGCUCCUUGCGGAGACGCUUUACAGCAGUCAUACCCCUGCCUCAUCUCAUAACACGCUCUUCCCUCGAGACGACUCCUCAGUCGAUCCACCGACACAUGAGACAGAAUCCGAUCCACCGACCGACCAAGAUCUGUCAAUGAGCCCGAUACUACCCGGAUCUCUGCAUUGCGCCAACAAUUUUCACCUGUACCGCAAUACAGGGGUGAAACAUCUUUGGUACGUCGUGUUUACCCCACGAUCGGACAGGGACAAAGAUCACAACGGGUUUCAGAUCGAGUUUUUCCCGCCAAGGGGAAGGAUGAAUACAUCAAGUGUAUACGCUCCGGUGAGGAAUAGGGUAUCAAGAAUCAAACAUCAGUGGAAUUUCCUCGUCUCGGAGAUGAGCCUGAAUAAGGCCGGGGAUCCUCCUGCAUUUUUCCUCCUGGCAGAUGACAAUCCCAUCAUUUCGUUACUGACAGAAAGGGCCUUGAAGGAGAUCUCAAAGCAACUUAAGGUGAUCAUGAUGCCAUUUCGCCGCCAAUGUCGAUGCGAAAAGGGACGCAUUGCAUGGAUUUCAGAGAACCGUCAGCGUUGGAUCACUGCAAUCGAUGAAUUGAACAGCCGUAUGGCAGUGCUGGGUUUAGCACUGCAAGUCAGAGACAUGUUGAACUACAUGGCAGGCACAAGAUUAGCAUCCUAUGCACGGCUGGAUGAAACCGAAACUGCAGAAUCACUCGCAAACAAGAGGGACAUAUUGUGGUAUCAGGCAGGAACAUAUAGGCUUGUGAAUCACCUGUAA